AUGCUGGUUCAAUUUUUUUUAGUGCUUAUAAGAUUUGCAGUAGGCUCAGUCCUGCCUAUUGGGUUGGUUUACUCAUCAAAAACAGAUUCAAGUUUUCUCUCAGCCCUUAUUUCAAAUCUUGUAGGCCUACAGCUGGAAAUUAAAAAUACUUUAGAGCUCUCAUUCAGCCUCGACGUCAAAUUAGAAAGUAUAGACUGUUCUUUAGCUGAAAGUUCAAGCCCUUACCAAGUUCCUUCAUCCUUUUCUGACGCAGGCAUCGUAGUGAUCAUUGACGCUGCCAACUGUCUGGAGUAUUCUGAAUUUUUAGAAUAUGUUUCAGUUUCAGCAGGCUUUGUUCAUAUAGUCAUUCAAAGAUCAUAUGACGCUUUAAAAGGAGAAAUCCUGAAUCCUUAUACAUUCUUUUUAGAAACCAAUUAUAUCACUCAGGCAUAUGCAUUUUUAGACAUCAUCAAACUUUAUGGCUGGAAAAAUCUUGGUUUAAUCUAUGAUAAUGCCCCAGAGUCCAUGAAUUUCGCCAAUUCUUUCAAAAGCAUCAACCAAAACUCAGGAGCUACAAUUAAUGAUGAAAUUAUCGUUAACUUAGACGAGCCGAACGUCGAAUCUUUUUUUGUGUCAAGAUUCCAAUCCUCAACUUUAAAUGCGGGUGCAAGAAUUCUUUUGGUGUGCACAAACCCAAGCAUUUCAGCACAAGUGCUAACUCCCCCCUCCAUGAGCGAAAAUUGUUUUUCGAAAUUUAAAAAAAAAAUCCUAAUUUGCAAAAUUGGGAAACAAAUAUUAAUUUAAUUUAUAAAAUUUAUGUUUUUAAAACACAAUUUGUUUAAAAUUAAACAGAAUUAGCUCGAGAUUUCAUUAUACUAAUUAUCACUUAUAUAUCAAUUUUUUUUGAUAAAAAAUUUUUAUUCACUCACGGAGGGUUUUUUGGCAAAAAAUAGGGAUUUUUCCAAUGGUUUUGUUCACUCACGGAUGGGGGGAGUAAGGGCUGCCGAUUUAAGUGUGAUGGGUGGAUCAGGAUAUGCCUAUAUCUUUUGUAGCAGCGCUAUGACUGAUUUAGGAGAUAUAAGCAAAAAUUCGUAUGUAGACACAGAUGAAGCAACUUUUGGAGUGCUAAAAUCAGGGGCUAUUGGAUUUCAGGCACUUGAUGACCAGCUUUAUGAUAUUAAGCCAAUGGCACUGAUAAGAUCAAUUUUGAUUUUAGUUAGUCAAGGGUAUCAGAGUCAAGGCUUCCCAGGGGUCAGCAUUUCUGCAUCGAUUCUGGCGACCUACUUAUCAAGCAGUCCAACAAUUUCAGACUCAAAAUACCAAAUUAGUUUGGAUAGUAACAGAAUGAAGAUAAGCUUAUAUAAUAUUUAUAAUAUACAGAAUUUCAAGGAAUACUUAAUUGGAUCUUGGAGCUACAGCUCAAGGAAAAUCAGUUUGACACCUAGCAUUAUAAUCAUAAAAGGCAUCACUCGAAUUUUCUGAUUCCCGACCGAAAAUUCUCUUUUUACCUUUUAUGAUUAUGAAGCUUGGUUUCCUAGGAAUUUAUCUCAACGAUGGCAGGACUUCAAGAAUCUACGAUUUGCAGUGCAGGACUUCUGUCCCUUAGGGAAUCGAAUUUUCUGGAAACUAUUCUGCCUACCUCAGGCGGCGGAGGAUGAAACAUUUAGAGUGUCUGACAGACUCAAGUUGAUUUUACACAAGAGCCGAUAGGACAAUCAUCGAAAUCCGAACGCCAAAUUCUAUGAACCAUUCAGGGGUGAAGUAGUGCUUUGCCUGAUGCGACGGUGGAUAGGGAAAUCCAGAAGCAGGGACGGAAGCCCAAGCAGGUGAUGCGGCCAUUUCAAGUUAAAUGAGAGGAAGAUUAAUCUUAAUGUAAUGAAAUGACAUCUAGCAGUAUUGUUUGGCCUGGGUUUAGUUCAACGACACCUAAUGAUCAAAUUCCUUUAAUCAAGCUUGGGUUUCUAUACCCUGGCCAUGACACUUCCGGAUCUACUUUUACUAUCGGAACGACAAUAAAAAAUGGCUUUGAACUUGGAGUUGCAACAGUAAAUAAAGAAAAAAUAAUGGGUGACUAUCAAUUUUCCGUGAAUUAUGUCGAUACAAAUAUGCUUACAACUCUAGCUGCUUCUAACGUUCAAUCCUUAACCAGCUACAGCGUAAUUGCAUUCGUUGGCCCUUACAAUACAGACGAAACAGCUGCAUAUGAAGCUGCCAUCUUAACAGCCUCCGACCCAAAGCCUUUAAUUUCUUAUGGCUGUGCGUCAGGCAAUUUUUCUUCCAAAUCCAGCUACCCCAACUUUUUCAGGUCAAUCCAAGCUUAUGACCUUGAAGGAACCGCGGUGGCUGUCCUCCUAAGCCAAAUAAAAUGGAAAAAGAUCUGCGUCAUUUACACUUUAGAUGAUUAUGGCUCUCAAAUGUAUAAAAGUCUCGUGAAAAACGCCCUUUCUCUAGGCAUAGAAAUAAGGAAUAAAGAAUCUAAAAGAGGAAUCAGGUACAGCGGCGCUGGAUCCACAAUAACCCAGAAAACCAAAGAUGAUGUAGAUGAUGCGCUUUCCGCUGUUGUAAGAAAGCAAUGUAAAGUCAUUGUGUAUUUGGGAGACUAUGGACUUACACCGUAUGUAGCGAAAACUGCACAUGAGAAAGAACUUUAUGGAUCAGACUAUGCGUGGAUUGGAGCGAGAUGGAUUAAUAGUGAUUUGACUGCCUUAGUCACAAAAAGCUAUAGUGGCAGCUCAUCUAAAAUUUGGGAUGUGCUUGAAGGAGCCGUGGGACUUGACUAUAGAACCAUAAUAGGCACUGAAGGGACUGCAUUUGCCGCUAAUUAUACAGCUGCCUACCCAUCAUCAGCCUAUACUGUUUACUCCAUAUAUGCAUAUGAUAUCGCUUUUUUCCUUGCAAAUGCUAUAAGCUCUAUUGUAGCUGUAGGAGACAACUUCAAUAGUGGAACCGAUUUAAUCAGAACCUUACGCGCUGCUGAUUUUACAGGGGCAAGCGGGAUCUUUAAAGUCAUCACAGAAACAAAUGACAGGUUUGGGAUAGGCUACUAUGUGGUUAACGUGCAGAAAGGAGUCAUAAAAAACGUACAAAUCUAUGACCCUUCUACUUCCGCUGGGUUUAUUAGUAUUGAUGACAAUACCAUUCUGUACCAUGACGGCUCUGCAAGUCCUACUGAUGACACCUGGUCGACUUAUUAUGAUUGUCCUUUUGCUGAAAAAAUGGUCAGCGUUGAUAAUGCUGGAGUUGGAAUAGUGGUUAUGAUCGGUGGAUUCCUUUUUAUAGUCACUCUCAUAUUAAGUUACUUUGCUUAUAAGAAGUGAAAACUUCUAGAAAUCCAAGAAAUCAACGAGCCAGUGCUGCAAAGCUGGAAAGAUACAUUGGUCUUUAUUACAAUUGCUAUUGAGUUUUGCCAGUUUGUUGCAAUUGCUCCGACUUUUCCAGCACUGGAGUCUGUGGUCCAAGGCUUCUCUAAUGUGUUUAUGAUUGAUGCUUUAAAAGUUUCACACAGCAAUAAGCAAGGAUUCUGGGCCAUGCUAAGCUGUGUCUGCGCAUUAUGCAUAAUUUGGUUUUUAAUUAUCAUUUCAAUUAUGAGCAACGCUGAGCAAUAUAUCCAAAACAGUGUCCUCUGCCAAAGAAUAUAUGAACUCAUGAACAAUUUAUAUUUGCCGUUUAUCGGGAAUACCAUGUUUUUGCCUUUUAUGACCAUUUUGCUUGAUGUUUUUGUAUGUGAUCACAAAGCGCAAAAAAAAGCAUUCGUCUGGAGAGACUGCUAUAUGAACUGCUGGGGAAGUGGCGCUUACUGCCUUAAUUAAUUAUAGAGAAGUUGCAGGCAGGCCGACUUGCUUACCAGUCCGAACACUGUAUUGCUCCUCACAGACAAGGGCAACAGCUGGCAUCGUGGUUGAAAAGCAAUUGACUGACUAAUAAACCCCUUCUAUCCUUGCUGGGGACCCUUUCCUGCUUCGAUAAAUCAUUUCCCAUGGGUAAGUUGAUAUACAGUCAGCUUACCAGAAAAUGGCUCCACCAAAACAACAAACCCCAGCCAGAUGCAUUAUUGCUGACACCAUCCUCUCUUCCACAAGAUUCCUGAUUCUCCCAAUGAGCCUACGAUCCAUAUUUUAAUAGAGUCCGCUGGCUCGCUGCACCAUUUAAUGUAUAUGCUGGGAAGUGAGCAUUCGCCUUAUAUUAUAAUCUCAGUUAUAGCCAUGAUGUGCUACGAGCCUCUUGCAGCCUUUUCACGGCCCCUAUGACAGCAAGCAAAAACUGGCAUGAACAUCAUGAUCACACCUUUCUUUUUACUGUUCAAAACAUGCGCCCAGAUCCUUUUAAUUGCUAUAGGAAAGUCCUUGCAAGGCACCUCAGUAAUUGCUCAUGGGGUUGUUUUCUCAAUUCUAUUUAUCGCAUUCACCAUUGUUACAUAUAAAAUGAAGCCUUUUAAUUAUGGGAGAUGCAACUUAUGGGAAAUGACAUCAUUAAUUGCAGUAUGCUAUAUAUCAGUUUUGGCGACUUUGGCAAAUGCAGGGGAUUCUAAACAUAUUGCCUGGUUCGUGACACUUGCGGCAGGAUGGGCAAUUAUGGUAAUUGUAGCGGUUUUUAUUCAAAAGAGACAUUUUCCGAAUUAUUUGACUUCGACGGGGUCUAGGGGGAAAAGAAAAAUAUAUGAUGCGAUUAUUGUGAGGAAAGGAAGUCAACUGGAUUCUGUGGAUCUGGACAACUCCAAUGUGGUUGAAGACCAGCAAGCCCCGACUCCUAUGGGAGCUUCUCAAAUAAAUAUAUAA